AUCACCAUGGGCUGCUGUAACAGAAGGUGCGGGCUGAUAGCCGGAGCUGUGUUUGGGGCGGUGGUAGCCAUCCUGGGAGGUGUCCUUAUCCCACUGGGGAACAGCGUCAUUGAGGGGACAGUGAAGAAGGAAGCCGUCAUUGAGCCUGGAACGACAGCUUAUGACAACUGGGUGUCUACAGGGGCAAAUGUGUACAGGCAGUUCUGGUUCUUUGACGUGAAAAACCCCCAGGAGGUUUUGCAGUAUGGCGCACGUCCAGUGGUACUGGAAAAAGGACCUUACACAUACAGGACAAGACAUCUUCCUAAAGAGAACAUCACGUUCAGCUCUAAUCAAACCGUCUCCUUCCUGCUGCCCAAUGGCGCCAUCUUUGAGCCAUCCAUGUCGGUGGGACCAGAGGAAGACAAAAUCACCUCCAUCAACCUGGCUGUGGCUGGAGCUUAUUCAUUGGUUCCAAAAGUGCUUCAUUCUGUGCUUGAGACUCUGAUAAAGACAAGCAACUCCUCCUUGUUCCAGUAUCGUACAGUCAAGGAAAUGCUGUGGGGUUAUACUGACCCCAUGCUGAAAUCACAAGUGGGCCUAUUUUCACCUUACAAUGGCACCUAUGAUGGCUACUACACUGUCUUCAAUGGAAAAGAGGACAUCUCAAAAGUGGGACUAAUUGACAGGUGGCGGGGAGAGAAGACAUUAAAUUUCUGGGAUGACCCGUACUGUGACAUGAUCAACGGGACAGAUGCUUCCUCCUUCGCUCCCUUUGUGGACAAGAAGAAGCCUCUCUAUUUCUUCUCAUCAGACAUCUGCAGGUCUGUGUCAGCCAGCUUUCAGCAGAGCCUGGACCUGAAAGGGAUUGAGGUGUACCGCUUCAGCCUCCUGCCAGCCACCCUAGCCUCCCCUACAGUCAACCCAGACAACAGGUGUUUCUGCAGAGACUUAAAGACCACCCGGAACUGCACCCUGGCUGGAGUACUGGAUAUCAGCUCCUGUCAAGAUGGAAGACCUAUCUACAUCUCUAUGCCCCACUUCCUUUAUGGAAGUCCAGAGCUGCAAGACUCCGUAUUUGGUCUGAACCCCAAUGAGCAGGACCAUUUCACCUUCCUAGAUGUGGAACCUACAACUGGGUUUACCCUGAGGUUUGCUAAGAGAAUUCAAGUGAAUAUGAUGUAUGGACCAUCGAACGUCAUCACGGUGCUUAAGAAAGUCAAGGAUUACACCAUAUUCCCUAUUGUUUGGCUGAAUGAGACGGCUAUGUUGGAUGACGAAACAGCAGACAUGUUUAAGAAGGAGCUCAUCUCCCGUGUCCAGAUGUUGGAGAUAAUACAGCAGGUGCUGCUCGGCACAGGCGCCGCCAUCUUUGUUCUGUGUCUCAUCUCCUACUGUGUGGUGAGGAGGAGAGAUAACCAAAGCAAGCUCGCGUGA